UCGCACUCAGCAGGCCCUUGUCAAACUUCAGUCCCCGUCCUUCACAGGACCCCAAAUCGAUUAUGGCCACCGGCAAGUCCAUGACCGAGGCGUGGGCCGCAGCAUCGCGAGCAUCAAAGCUGUCCGGCUUCAAGAAAUACACCGUCCAGCCCAGCGGCUUCUGGGCCCGAGUAAACGGCUGGUUCGCCAUCGACCCCAAUCGCUCCACCGGCGUGCCCUUGAACCCCCUCUUCCGCAACCCUCCCCCGGGCGCCAAUGACCCCCUCGAGUACGAAGACCCCGUUACCGUGCCGGCCGCCGACAUCGCCGGCAACCCCUACUGGAAGCGCGACAAUCGGCGCUCCUACCCCAAGCUGUCGGUAGUAAGGCAACCGGAUGUCGUGGCGCUGCUGACGGUCGGGUCGGCGGCGGCGCCGAAAGAGGACGUGUUACAGAUUGGAGACGCGGGGACGAAGCAAUUGGUGCAGGUGAAGGAAGAGGGAGAGAAGGGACUGAGUGCGUUCUUCCAGAAGGAUGCGUCUGCUUCGAAGGGUGUGCUUGAUUCGGAUGGCUUGCCGCCUCUGCCUGUGUCGCUCCAUCGGACGAGGAAGCAGUAUGAGUUGAACGACAGGUCACGGCAGACGUAUGGAGACAAGCCGGAUGGGGUGAUGUAUCCUUGCCGAACGUUUGUAUAGAGCGCCAUUAGACAGGGCGCUUUCCAUGGGAAUUGUACAUAAUCUCCCUACAGAAGCUUACAACCACAUUCACAUUACAACAAGCUGA